AUGACAUUCGAAAAGUUAUUACAAAUUGCGUCGAGUUGCAUCAAUUACUUAUCAUACUACACCGCAUCUCUAUCUAAGGAAUUGGGAAACUUGGACGAAGGCGACGUUGCCUUUAUAAAGGAGCUGAUUCAUCCACCGAAAGAUAAAUACGAUACGGUGAGGGAUGGUGAAGACGAAGAAAAGAAGAAGAAUUUUUUUCUUUACGAGAUUGUUGCCAAUGAAACCUACGGUGUUGACGUUGAUAAGUGGGAUUACUUUGCUCGAGAUUCCCUGUACCUGGGUGUUAAGAAUAGCUUUGAUCACGACAGGCUGAUAGCGUCUGCCCGAGCAUGCUUGGAUGAAAAUGGUGUGAGUCACGUGACCUACAGAGACAAGGAUGUCGACACUCUUUACGAGAUGUUUCACAUCCGGUUCACGCUCCACCGGAAGGCGUAUCAACACAGAGUGACCAAGGCGGUCGAGAUGAUGAUUGGGGAUGCGAUGGAAUUAGCGGACGAUGUGAAGGUAAAGGGCGAUGAUGGGAACGAAAAAAGGAUACACGAAGCUGUAGGUGACAUGGGCGCCUAUAUUAAGCUAAAUGAUGAUGUGCUGCAUAGAAUAGCCGAGUCUUCAAACGAAGCUGCUGGCGAGCUCGUGGCAAGAAUUUACGAAAGGAAACUAUAUAAAUAUCUCGACGAGAAGACCAUUACGAAAUACAUGGAGGAGCAGGACGUGAUAAAAGAAAUUCCCGGGAAAGAGAAUAAGGGAAAGGAUAUUCAGGAUGAAUUGGGAGUUGAUAUUGCCACGUACGAUUAUGGCAAUAAGCAUGAAAACCCUGUACUCAAUGCCUACUUCUACACCAAAGAUGACAAUUACACUGCCAUACAGCUGGAAAAGAUAGCUUUAGGUCGCCUAAUGAUGGUUCCAAAGCGGUUUAAUGAAAGAGUCGCAAGGAUGUUUUGCAAAGAUCCUGAAUACGAGGAACCUCUGAAAAAAAAGACCAAAGUGUGGUGUAAUAAAUAA